AUGACCAUGGACAUGACGAGUGCAUCAACAGCUUUUGCUGUCCCACGACAGCUUCUUCUAGGUCAUAAACGCCGUGCCAUUGCUUGUCAUGACCCUAAGAGCUCAUCUUUCUUCACGGCUGAUGAUUUCGAUACAUAUUCCAUACGUGGUGAUGGAUUUGAAUCACAACUCUAUGGAGAGCUUGAAACCCAUCGACGGACACUUGUUACAACGGCUAAACCGUUGCAAUGGAAGCAUAAAAGCUCCAUGACAAUCGACAUGACAAAGAAACGAAAACAUUUGAUGCAAUUACUGUUCGAGGCGAUUCAAAUGAAGCGAAUUCAAGCGCCAGAGAAGUUACUGGCAGUGUUUGACAAUGUACGACGAAGAAUCUCGAGGAUUUCAGUGGCAGAACAUGAUCAAUAUCUCCAACUGCAACGAAGUAUCUAUCAAGCUCAACAGCGUGGACUACCGGAGGAAUUGGCACUAUCAGAAGAUGAAGCAAAACAGUGGCAACAAAUGAAAAAGUAUGCAGAAACUGAACAAGUAGAGUUUUGUUCAUUGAUGACAAGAGGUCUGGCAGCAGAAGCUGCUUUUUAUGAGACUCAUGUGCCAUUGUUUGCUGCGUCGUGGUAUAACGCAAUGCUGACGCAGUGCUGGAACGACAUUUAUCGUCUAUACACACGUUGGUUUCAUCCUUGUAUGGAAAUAGAACUACCAAGUCGUCGCGUUCUCAACAGCUCUACGUCUGAUUUGAUUAAGGCUAAGGAGGUUGCUACUCGUGGCAUUUGUUGCACAAUUGACUUAACAAAACUUGCUGCUGGUCAGCCACUGAAGAGUAUGACGGAUGAGAGCGAUGGAUUGGCACUGGACGCUGCAUUGCCGCGCCACGUUAUUUCGGCAGACGCACAGGCAAAGCAGUUGAUGGAGCUUUACGACUGCGAUAUCGCCAUCUCGUCGUCUACGCUGGUCACAUUAUUUGACAGUAAUACGUCAAGCCAUUUUGGCCACGUGCAAGCGCUCUCGAAAGCAGUAGUGAAAAAAAAGCGUAUUUAUUUAGAUCGUCCGUUGCCAGGUAGUAGUCCGCGCACGCGAGAGAAAGUAGCAGAGGCUGGACGUGCUGCACUGUUCUCUCGCUUUGAGGUCGAGUCUGUACUUGAAGGAUCAACUGGUGGACGCACGGUAUAUUUUAUUUGGCAACUUGACGAAAAACGGAUUCUUGUGCGCAGCACGACGCAUGUGCACAUGAUCACGCCUACCCUUUCGCCGUCUGCAGAUAUGCCGCAAGAUGAACAGCACAAGAAAGAGGGAACUGUACCGCUAAGCGUAUUCGUCAAGCCAGACUACCAUUUGCUGGGAGUUGAGGAGCAGCUGACUACUAGUGAGCGAUGUCGCUUCUGGUUUCAUUCAUGGCUCCGCGGUGGUUCGACCGUACUUGUCGUACGGGUGAACCCUACGAAGGAUACUGUCAGCUCUUGGAAAACGUACUUGCCAGCGUCACUCAUCUUUGGUGACAAGAAGGAUCAAUGUGUUCCACUCGAGCUUUUUGACCCGUCAUCAAAGUUCAAGUGGUUGUCUAUGCUCUUCACAGGACUGGUGGAUCUUCCAGUUGGGAACUACCUCUUGCGGCCAAAAGAUGCGUGUCGACCAAGUACUUUUGAAAAAAGAAGUAGCGCUAUUGAAGUUCUCAUGGCUACAGCCGAGCCUGUGGCUGAAACCGGUGCAAUUGACUUGUACAGUUUCAUGCCAAAGACACGUGCUGAUGGAGUAGCAACUAGCUCGAACGCCACUUCGGUAUUACCAGCUUGGACUCUCUAUGAUCGUAUCCCUUACACAUUUCAGACGGGUAUGUACUGUGUACCAUUUUUUCUUGAUGGUGUUUGUCCAAACGUGUCCCAGGACGAAACUUGUGAUUACAUUCACCUCCGUUUAUCGGAACAACGUGGAUCAAAGGAACUGAUGAAAGCAAAGCGAUGGUCCUUUGAUCAUUACACUGUCAUGUUGAAGAAGGCGUCUACGCACACCAAACCUCACGUAUGGAGUCGUCCACGAAGAGCGUUGCUGAAGUAUGCAUUUUGUGGUGAAGACAAGGCACCACCUGUUCCACUCACGGCUAGCGACCUGUACACUCGACUUCAUUGUUUGAAAUGUUCCGAUGAGUGUUCACUGCCUCAUUUGACACUGCACCAGAUUCUAGAACGUCUUGCUGAUGAUAUUAGACGCAAAGAACGAGGAAAACGUCGAGUUCAGAAGAGCGAAUACCGCAAACAGCACAAGUAG